UCAGUUCACCACUAGUGCUGUGCAUCGUCAUAGGAUUGCACGUGUUGGGAUUGAAGUUUUGUUUUCGUUGCGGUACGAAUUACUUGAAAUUGUUUGCGCCAUGGCUGCGCAGGACCCCGUUACCAAGAGGAAGCGCAUUUCGAAGAAAAACAAAUCCGCUUGGCGCAAAACAGAUAUACAAGAUGUCGAACAAUUUCUAGAGGAUCAACGCCAAGAAGAGCGCAUCGGCACCUUCACAGACAAGCAGAAUGAGGAUCUGUUCGUGGUGGAUGCCUCGCCGCUAAAGACUGCGCCCAGCCAGCUUACUAUUAAGCAGAAACGCAAAUUGAAUGCCCUAAAGCCCAUGCGUACCCAUCAGGCACUGGAGAACACAUCCAAGGUGCAGGAUCCCAUUGCAAAGCGAAACCAUGUGAGGCAGAAGAAAAACGGGCGCAACAUAGAGCUGGAGGUGUGUAGUCCAACCAAGGCAAGACAUCGACAGGCGAACAAGGAUCGCGGUCUCUAUUACGAGAAACUGGAUAAGAAGCUAGCGGAGAGACAUAGUGGCAAGAAGGCGCCUACAAUUGACAAGGAUAUUUGGGAGGAGGUAGACUUCAGGGACAAAAUACCUGGCCUCAAGGAUGAGAAGGGCUGGAUAAGUCGCGAUUUGGCCGUGCACGUUGCUGGAAACAUCGGCCGCAAGGUGGUCAAAACGCAUGCCAGCCUGCGGCACAAGACAACCAAGGCCAAAAAGUUUGAGGCGCCGCAUCCUGGCAUGAGCUACAAUCCCUCGCUGGAGGCGCACCAGAGCCUAAUUGAGCAAGUUGUGGACCGUGAGGAAUCCAUCAUCAAGAAGGAACAGCACCUCAAGCGCGUCACAACCACCAUGUUUAGCAAGGUGACACCUGAGGAGCGCGAUAGGCGCCGUCUGAAAGAAAUGAGCGAGGGCAUCAAGGAGGAGGGCGAGCCAGAGUCAGAGGAGGAGGCUGAUCUAAAGCCGACAGACAACAAUUAUUCCACAGUCAAUGCGCCCGUCGAGAACAAGAAGAAGAGCAAACAGGCACGUAACAAGGAGCUCAAGCAAAAGGAGCUACAGCGCCUGCAUGAGGCCAAGAAAGCGCUCAAGAAACAAACCGCAGAUCUAAUUAGAAUUAAAUCCAUACGCGCCGAAGUGAAGGAAGAGGCUGAGGAGCUGAACGAGUUAAAGAAACGCCGCAAAGCGGCAGCAGAGCGCAAGAAGUUCGAGACAAAACGGUUGGGCCGGCACAAGUUCGAGGAGCCCGAUCUGGAUGUGAAUAUGCCCGAGGAUCUGGCAGGCAAUCUGCGCAACGUGAAAACCGAGAGUAAUCUGCUGACAGACCGCUUCAAACUGCUGCAGAAGCGUAACAUGCUACCCACAACGGUGGCUGUCACACGCAAACGCUCCAAGGUGAAGCGUUUCCCACGCAGCACACACAAAGAGGCCGGCGUUAGCUUCCAGGAUCUGCGCGAUCGUCGGAAGGCGGCAGCUGCUGCUGCCAAGGCCAACAAUGACACCAUCAAGAUUUAGUUAACGUCAACUCUCCAUAAUUUUUUUAUUGAAGAAAGCUUAUAAAUAUAGAUCUACCCCAAUUGUGC